AUGCGUCUCGUCUUGCUGAUCUGCCUUCUGGCAGAGAGCUCUGGGAAGAGCUGCCUCCGCUGCUGGCCAGAGCUGAUUGCCAUGAUCGACUAUGACCUUCAGUUGCUCUGGGGCAGCCCAGGGCCACCCACAGAACUCUCACAGAGCCUACACUCCUUUGUCCUGGAGAAUGACGACAUACCCUUGCCCUGGUAUCUUGCUCGAGACAAUUUGGAUGAGGAAACAGCUACAUUCUUCACCCACGUAGACACCACCAUCAAAAAGCUGAGGGACGAUAAGCCAGCACUGCUUGAAGAGAUUAAUGUUCAGAAGAGUCUCCUGGCCAAGAGGCUAAAGGAAAGGUCCCAAGACCUGAUGCAGAGGGUCUGCAAUAAGUCCUGUGACAUCCUUUCUGAAACGGAAGUCACUGCAUGUGCUGACUGCCAGACACUCCACCUGUCCUGCAACGACCCUACCUUGUGCACAGCCAGGGUCAAGAGUAGCUACAAGUGGGUUGCGAUCCUGUUCACCGUUUUCAUGUUCCUGGCUGUAGCUGGCAUUGGUGGUUACCAUUUCUGGCUCCAAAGGAAGGUAGAGGCGGUGGCGGCGGCUGAUGAGCACACGGUUGGUCUGCAGAGCGGGACCAGGCUGGGCCAGUGUGCAGGCCCUGCCCAGGGCAGCUGCCUGAAGAGGACCCAAGCCCUGCUCGGUGGCGCGGCCAAGCGUCAGGCAAGUGUGGCGGUGGCUCUGCACCCCCGGCCCGCCCUGAACAUGCGGGCAUCGGGAAUCAACUAG